CGGUGCGGUGGUCCACGACACUGUGUUAUCGACUUUUGCAGCGCGUCCCGAUCGCCGCCGUCCCGAGUGCCGACGCCGCGUACGCGUACAAAACGACCGCUCCGUCGCACAACUCCCUCCUUCACCCCCGCCCGUCACCAAUCCCCGCCGCCGCCGAAUCCGCCCCCGCCGCGUCGGGACAGACUACGACGGCGUCGCCGCCGGGCCGCCGAACGGUAUUGAAAUACGGCCGAUACGACGCGCGCGCGCGCAGGACAUAUCCGCGGGACGAGGUGACGGACGACAAACGAACGCGUACAUAACCAUAACAAUAAUUAUUAAUAUUCGCCAUUUUGUAUAAUAUAACCCAGAAGCACUAUAAAGUUUGUUUACUCGUUUAGUUUGUCCGGGGAUUUCGUCGCCUCCGCCGCCACUGACGCCGCGGGUCCGCGACAAAUGAACGGAAGACUGAUCCGCUGAUAAUACUGUGCACACCAUCCAACGACGACUUACGCAAACACCGCGAGACACUCUGUGAGUAUUAGACUUAAGUAUACUUUUACGCAGCCGGUGAUGGGGGGAGGGGUUGGUGGUGGGAGUCUAAGGUGGCUAAGUCCCUGCCCCGCGGGCCGUUUUCGUGUACGCAUACCGUUUUGCGAUUUGAGCGUUAACUACGCGGUUAUGUCUUCCGCUCCGGGGUCGAACGUUUUCUUUACACUGAACCGUACAUGAAAAUGGGGAGCACCGUGUUAGAUUCGAAAGACCCAAUGCGUUGGCUACGGAAUAAUGUAAAUAGAAAAUAAGACCGUUAAUGAAAACGGUGUAAUUGCCGUGUUUACACGAAAUCGUCCUACACGAAAACGCUUAGCUGCCAGAGUGGUAUAAUAUUAUGCCGUGUCAUAGUAUUCUUAUAGUUACAAGAUACAGUCCAAGAGAAUAUUUAUUCAUUUUUUUUUUUAAACUAUUAUAGCCUAUAGAGGGUACAUUGAAAUGCAUAUUUAUUACUGAAUAUUACUGAACAUACUUUCUCAACAGUUUAUUCUAGGAGGGCUCGAACCCCCCGAAUCCCCUUUAUCUUCGCAUAUGGUUCAAGCGAAACCGUAUUUCGUCCCCCCCCUUCCUCCAACACAAAAUCCUGGCUGCAUCACUACGCGUACUCUCUAGGGUUUUUCGUAUGUAUACGUAAGUGACGUGUGCAGGGGAGGGGGUGGUUACGGAUUAUAUCAAAUCGGCGCGAAAAUACAAUUACGAGUAUUUAAUGUUUAAUGAUUAUCGCUUGAAAUUGCAAUUAUUUUUCAGCUAAGUUACAACGAAAAAUGCUGGUUUUAUCGAAUUAGAAUUGACAUUUUUUUUGUCUCGGUUUUUAAAUUAUUCUUCUUGUCAGAUUAUAGAUAUAUGCCAGAAGAAGAGGUUCUACGAUUUAUUCAUGAAUCACGAUUAUUAUUUACUAUAAUUUAUCCUCCUCCUAUUGAAAAUUCUCAGGUACUGUUGUACGCCGUCGUACAAAUUUCAACAGACACGUUAUAUCGUAAAUGUCUUUCUGGAUCAUUUCAGCUCGACACCGUUAAGAGGACGUUAUACCCCCCAUCUACUAUCUCGGUCUAACUACCGGGUAACACGAAGAAACAAUACUUACGCAGAAUUAGUAAAACUAGCUUAAUUUUGAUUUUAGAGUAAAAUUACCUAUUAUGAAAUUUAUAUAAAACAAUAUUUUGGAGGGAAUGUCAUAGAGUUUUUGUGUUAUUCAAAAAUAUAUAGCUCAAUAUAAAAUAUACAAAAACCUUUUUUUUUUUUUUGUAAUAACUGUGACUUUUAAUCGGUCAUAAUUCAAAAAUCGCCUGUGCCAUACCCCCCAAAAUAUUGUUCUCUAUAAAUUUCAUGUUUUGUACUUUUACUCUAAAUCAAAAUUAAGUUAGUUUUAUUUAUUCUGCGUAAACAUUGUUUUUGCGUGUUACCUGGUAGUUGGACUAAGACAGUAGAUGCGAGUAUAACGUUCUCUUAAUCUUGACACGUUUCUGUCGUUAUCAUAUUAUUCAUACGAUCAUAUUGAUUUUGAUCACGAGUAUAAAUAUAAAUGGUUGCGCAACGGGAAAAAAUAUUUGACCGUGGAAUGUUCUUAUUGCAAACCUAAUUGAAAACCACAGCUAUUAUGUCUAUAGUCGUAUUAAAAACAUGCAGUUCCUCAGUGCGAUCUAGUGUCAGCAACAAUAAUUAAUAUAUGUACGAAUAUUGUUAAUACGUAAUACGAAAUUAAAACAAAUUCACGUGAAAUACAUAGGAAACGCUGGCAGUCUAGAGGUUUUUGUUGAAAACUUUCGGCGCCGUUUUUUUCAGCAGCCUAGCAUAAGCCAUCGCGCAACUAUGUACUUAAAGAGUCGUGGUUUUGAUUCACCAUAUCACCAUAUUCAUCCAGAUCAUCUAAAUCCGCCUGUCAUGAGCCCGAGAGUUUAGAAAAAAAAAAAAAAAAAAGAUUUACGAAUUGUUCAUUCUUGUAUAAGUUAUUAUAAUAUGGCAAUAUGUGAACGCAUACAAUUCAUACUCUAACGGACUUGCCGGACAUGGGGUUUUAGCCCUCGUCCGGAGCCCAAAAGUUGAAUUUAAAAUGUAUUCCUGUCGCAAGUAUUAUAACAUUUAAAUUCUAUACCAAUAUUCACAUAUCAAAACGUUGAUCAUAGUUAUUCGCACCAUAGGUAGGCCGCUGUUGUAGGCGACAAAUUGGUCAAGCGACAGGGUAAGGAAUAAUUUAAUGUGUAAUUGUAUUUAAUUAUAUUACCCUUUUCCCACAAAGAACAAUCGAACAAUUUUACUGACUUUUUUUAACUAUACUGUAUAUUUAUAUACGGUGCUUGAUGUCUACCCGAGUCAUCAAAUAUUCGAAAGUUUUCAUUUCUAUAGCGAUCAAAUUGAAUACAUAAAAUCUUACUGCUAAACUUAAAACUUACUAAACAAACUGUAUAAUAUGUACGAAAUUUGUGUACUGUAAACAUAAAGAUAAAGUUUGUUCAUUUGAUUGUCAAACUGAAUAAUUGAGACCUUGGGUUUUCCUAUAUAUAGGAGGUCUUUCUGUGGAUACACGCUGUAAUUCAAUAUUAGUUCAUUUUGGUUAUAUAUUGCAGUAAGUUUUAAAGUAACUUUGUACAGAUCAAACGAAUUUCGCGUCGAGGUUAAGAGAAUGAAUGACUAAUAAUAAUAAAUAUAUGUAUAGUUUUCUUACUUUCAGUUACUAUUCGUUAAAAUAAAAAAAUUAAUGAAAAUCGACAUCGACUUAUUAGUUAUUGGUUCAAUACGAUCUAUGGUACGAUCUAAGUUUUUUAGACAAAUCGAAUCUUUUAUAAAUUAAUCUAAAAAUUACUCUAUUUUAACGUUUUCGAAUACAUAUUUGGUUAAUUUUUCGAAAUUACCACAUAUUUCAGUUUUUUCUAUUUCUCAUGCACAUUUGUUUUAGAUUUUAAGCGUAAUGAGGAAUGUUUUACAAUUUUACCGAAAAUUUCGCUCUGAUUUUCAUGUGUAGCACUUUUUCUGAAAGUAAAUUGGACUGGAGUGGUACUUUAGAGAAAUUAUUAUUUGAUUUUCCCAGAGGUUUUCAUAAUAAAUGGGAAAAAACGGGAAAAUGUACGAAAUGUUAUUUUUCAAACCGUAAAUAUUACGACUCAUAACAUGUAUAACCAAACUCCGUUCAGAAUCAUUUUUCAUUAGCAUUGGUUAACCGUCGACCAGAUACCUACUUACCUAUUUGCAAACGACUUGGCCAUAAUACAUUACGUCGGCAGUGUUCAAAAGUUUUAAUAUACGUUUUUGCUGUGAUCUGCUCUUACACGCUAACGUAUACUAUUCUGCGCUAUGACUGAUCGAAAUUUAUUCGGUCACUACGGCCGUACUGACCAUUAUCACCUAUAUUGAUUAAACAAAAAGUUUGUCCGUCUUACUACAGUUAGAUGAUGGUAUGUAUUCCGACGUCGUGUGUCGUGUCGUAUUGGUGCCGAUUUGCAGUCGUAGUCUUGACUCUUGAUAACGUUAGCAGUAACCAAAACCAUCCAGGAGAUUUUCAGUUGAGGUGAAUUUUUAUCUUUUCUCUCGUUUGGGUUACAGUAAUGGUUAGUUGUUUUGAAGUCGUCAGCAUAUUAUAUUACAUCUGUGUGCGCGAAACGAAUACACGACAUCACUAGGAUAUCACCAGGCACGUGUACAAGGGGGUUUUAGAGGUUCAACUACCACCAAAAAUUUCAUGAAAAUCUCGGUGAAAGUAGAUUUUUAAUAGAGUCUCAAAAGUGGUUCUUGUCAAUGAGGAAGAUAUGUACAAUUUUGGUUUUAUUUUUUUUUUUGUUAUUAAAUACUAGGUAUUAGCUCGCGCCACGACCAGCGCUGGAUAUAUCGUUAUUACUGUCAUUUCUAAUUUGUUGUGGUUUUCCUGCUUUUAGAAAAUUAUAACUGAUAUGGCAAUAUUGCAUAGUUCGCAUUAUUGAAUUACGUUAUCAUUUAGGCUGUAUUCACUAAAAAAAAAAAUUAAUGUAAAAUUUAGUACCUAAUGAAAGACUAAAAAUUAAUGUUUAUAAAAUAUUGACAUUUUUAGUGAAAAAUAAAUAAUCCUACAGUUGAAAGUGUGUAUACUUUUUUGUUAUAAAAGUAUGCAAGUGUACAACCUUGAACCUCCCACCUGAAAUAUUUUUUGGUAAACGCUCCUGGAUAUCGCCUAUACCAUUACGUGACUACCGGAAUUACCAUGAUGUAGAGAUCCAAAUCUAAACUUAUUACGUGUGUUAUUACUCACCACGGUAAUCCCAUAAAAUAUAACGAUUGUCUAUAAAUUAAUAUUAUACAUUUCUAGGACCAUGGAUUUUACAUCUAGUUCUCUGGAAACGAACGGUACGUACUUUGCGUGUGAAUCGAAUCAAGUGCCCGGUCGACGGACUCCUCUGAGUGCGGUCGGAUUGGGAGGCUAUUAUUUCCCGCAACCAUCAUCCGUGGCCUCCGACGAAAACAGCCCGGGACCGGCUUGCCAACAGUUCAACAAUGGUUCCGAUAACAGGUAUAAUCAAAUUAUGGAAAUUGCAGAACUGUACGAUACGUGUUGGUAAUCGUAAUGAUAAUAAUUGGGAAAAUUCCGAAAUUCGUUAAAAAAAAAAAUCGAUUCUGAGCGGUGCUCAGUUGAACAUUGUUUGAUAAUUAUUCUAUUAACAUGUAACUUUAUAUUAUAGAAUCGUUAAAAUAUGUUGAGUUUCAAACAAAUUAUAUUCAUAGAUUCAAAGAAAAAAAACCGAUAACUCCGAGUUAUAUUAUUUAAAUUCCUAGAAAGCGUGUAAAAACUUGAAACAUGUAAACCUGAACGGUCUGGAGUGCACAAAUCUGGAAUUUUAAAUUUUAAAAUUCGUAAAACUGUGGAUAAUGCAAAUUUGGACAGUAAAAAUAUCUGAACUGUACAAAACUAAAUCGUAAAAUUCUGGAAGGUAUGAAUUUAAAAUUUAAUAUUUAAAAGUCCGUAUAAUUCUGGACAAAUCUAGACAGCAACAAUCUGUGGUUUUACAUAUUGAAAUCACUAAAAAUUUGGACUAUACAUUUUUCGGAACUAUAAAUAUCUGCAGUUAACAGUUGAAAUAUUCACAAUGUAGACCAAUUGAUAAAAAUAAGUAUUACCUACGGUUUACAUAGAUAGAAUGUAUAAUGUACAAUGUACAUACCUUAAUGUUCAUUCACACACGCACACGUUGACAUGACCCAGACGUAACUGUUCCAUAAGUUGCCUAACUUUUACUCCUUAGAAAAUAACUGCAACCUCCUUAGCUGCAGAAAUGUACAAUUCCGAACAAUUCCACUUCUUUUCCAGUUUUUACGGAUUUUAAAAUUUAAAAUUCCAGAUUUAUAUAGUUCAGAUUUUCACGUUUUAGAUUUGAAUAAUCCAGGUUUUUAUGUGAAACCUUUAUGAGCAUUAUAGUUUUAAUACAUUUUUUUUCUAUCUAUAUACAAAUUUUUGACCAAUAUUUGCUCCGAUGAUCAACACUAUUUCUGAUAGUAAAUUUCGUCUAGUCGAUGCAUCGAGGAGAUUUUUUUCCUUUGAGAUUCCGUGAAAAAUAAUUGUAGAGACCUGUAAUUUCCACCAUUUAGCAAAUACCGACUGAUAUUAGAAAUUGUCUAAACGUAGACUAUAAUUGUCAAAAUAUUCCGGGUUCGGGUCAACGUAAACACCCGAAAUGUGAAAAAAAAUGAACAUUACAAAUUACCAAAACUCAUAUUAUAAGUUAUAUCUGGACAGAAAUGUUUAACUCGUCAGCCAUAAUUAUACAAAGAAGACUCAGAUUCUACGGACAAAACUAUGCAAUUUCUAUGACUACGUAUAAUAACUUCAUUCCGUCCUCAAUUAUCAUUAUUAUAGUGUCGACUGGACGUCUGAUAAUAAUAUUGUUAUUAUGAUAAUUGAUACGAUAUAAUAUUACUCUAUAAUAAUAUAACUCAUUUUUAAUCUUCAGAAUACCGAACAAUGGCCAAGGUACCUCGACGAUGACGGGUGCCGGAGGCAAAUCAAAGUCCAAACAAGGCAAGUCCGUCCGGUUGAACAUCAAUGCCCGCGAGAGGAGGAGGAUGCACGAUUUGAACGAUGCGCUGGACGAACUCCGGAGCGUCAUACCCUAUGCUCAUUCGCCGUCCGUCCGCAAACUGUCGAAAAUCGCUACGCUUUUGUUGGCGAAAAAUUACAUUCUAAUGCAAGCCAACGCCCUAGAAGAAUUAAGAAGACUGAUCACUUACAUACAGGUAGUUGUUCAACACAACAAACAUACGCGUUUAGAUGAAUUUUGUUUUUUAUUAUUUGCCUUUCUCUUCUCAAAUUUAAAAGCACUUUAAGAGCUGUCUACACGACAGGACUUUUCAUUUUCUCCGGAGUGUUCUCUGUAUAUCCAACCACUCUUUCUCGACGUUUUACCUAAUGUUGGGUCGAAAAAACAUCCAAACCAUCUCAUAUUAUAAUAUCUACCGUUUAAUAAAAAAUUUUAUCUAGAAUAAUUGUAUUAUCUUGCGCUCUCAGGGACGCAUUAAAAGUACAAUACACGGGAGGGCGAACUCAUGUUGUGCUCCUACGAAGGUGGCCGCUAGGGAGGGUGAGGAUCAUGGCCCCUCCUGCGAUUUUAGUUAAUAUUAAUAUUUUUUCACUUGUAAAAACAUUAUAAUAAUAAAUUACUUAAUAAUGUAAACAAAUUAAUUGAUAAAAUAUAUAAAAAUUAUAUUUUAAAAAAGUUUUUACUUAAUUUGUAUUAACAAUUAAAUGCACACCACAUAAACAGUGUUUACUUAACUAAAGUAUGUAGUUAACUACAUACUUAACUAUUCAAAUUAUUUUUUUUUCUUAUAGACUGUUUCAUAAGAGUUGACCAAUAAUUAUAUCUAAACAUCUCAUUUCCUACUGAAAACAAAGGAAGGGAACACUAAAUAAAACUUAUAAUAAACCUCCUGUACAAUUUUUAAGUAUUUCUGUUAGAUUAAAUAAUUUUAUGUUGGCAGAGCACCCGCCAAAUAUUUCAUCACCAAAAACUGUUUCACCGCACACCUUUUCUAUUUUUCUAUCUGUACUUGUAUUAUAAAUUAAUUGUUUAAUUUCCUGCAGGCUCAAGGAACGAUGACAAUGCCGCCGGGUUUCGAUCUGCAAGCUUCCAUGUAUCCCAUAAAACCGUCUUUGGCGUCGCCAAACGCAUCACCCGAAUCUCCACAGUCUUAAAACCAUACGUUCACGUUCGCUUUUACAAUUAUUAUAACACAAUUGGAGUCAACAUUUCGAAAACUGCAGUUCUCUUCUUGAAAAACCAAAUUUUGGUUAAAAUGCACAUUUUUUUUUUUUCUAGGAUUAACGUAUUUUUUUUUGGAAAAAUUUUUUUUUUUUUUUUUUUUUUUUAUUAUUAUUUUCUUUCAGUUUUCCGGAAUUUAUAAAACUGUACGACAGUGUAGUAUUGAAAAAAAAAUAUCGAAGAAUCGUGUACUCGUGUGCAUAUUAGUUAUGUAAUGUAAUAUUCAUUAAAAACAAAAAAUAAACUAUAAUAAAUACUUACAAAAAUAAAUAAUUUUUUAUGAUUAAGUAUGUAUAUUUAGAAGACGUUAGCUACGCGUCAUGCAUUUGUGUUCAACGGAACCGAUGUUGUGCUUUUAGUUUUAAUAUUGCAGUGAAAUGAUCGAUUAGGUACCGAACUUGAAAGUCAAAAAACUUUUCCAAGCGAAAUACAAAUAGCAUUGUAAUAAUUUGCAUAGGUACUCGUAUCUCGCUUGAAAGUUAAAAUAUCGAGAAAAAACGCACGUACAAACGCAGACAAAGUUCUUACAUUUAAGUUUGACAUUAAGGUCAAUUCACUCUUUUAAUAUUAAAACUAACAGCCCGAAAUUGGUUCUGAUGCUGAAGGCAAAUUUGCUGUGCCAUACGUUUGCAAGACAGUAGACAGCCCACUGCAUGUGCAGGCAGCGUCCUUUUAAGUAUAAUAUCUUAGUAAUUAAUUUAUUACGAUUGUAUGAAUUCAGAUUAAUUUUUAUACAUUUCGUCCUGUCUGUACGCGACAAUUUAAGCGACAACAGUAAUAAAUAAUAACUAAUACCGAGACACGGAGAUUUUUCAAAGGCCUAAUAAGUAAUAAUAUUGUUUUGUACAUGAGAAUUAUUGUCAUUUGUCGCGUAAAUAUAAUAAUAUUAUCAUGGCCUAUUGAUAGUGUUAUCAACACACAUUGAUAAAACGUAUUGUUUUUAUUACAUAGAUAUGCAGCUAGUGUUCGAUUUUUCGUUGAAAUCUAUCAUGUUGUAUUAUUAUUAUUAUAUUUUUUUCGUUCUGGAGUUGCAAAAUGCUAAAUUCGUUUCGAGGUACAACAAAACCACCUAUGUAGGUAUUAUUCACUUACCUACACCUACUAUAUAGAUUGUAGAUUUUAUCGUAGAUAAUUUCGAUUCUUAAAUAUUUUACAAUUUUAAUUUUUUCACUUACCUUUAUAACGUUAUGAUGAUUUACUCGCGUUUACUUUAUUACUCAUACGGUAUGUGUCAUACAUAAUAUUAUAUUAUUAUAAUAAAUUCAUGUAAAUACGUAUAUUAUGUUAUUUUUAAAUAUGAGGUUUUCGAUGAUCUCUAGAUUUAUUUUAUAUUUUAAUAAUAUCAUAGUUUAUAAUAAGAAUAAUAAAGUAGCUAUACUUACUGCCAAUAUUUUGAGUGCCACGCAAAUGAUUAUAAUAUUAUCGCAUAACUAGUAUUAUUAUUAUUACCUAUUAUUAUUUAGUCUAUAGAUAAGAAAAUCUAGUCAAUAUCUGCUGAGUAGGUAAUGCUAUUCCUAUAUAAUAUUAUAUUGUAAUAUUUAUUAUGUGUAC